AGCACGUCGACGAGUACCAGCAACCUUCGCAGCACGAGCAAGCCACCGAGCGCCUGCAGCGAGUACUCUCGUCCACUGCCCAUCGCCUCCAGCUCGUCAAACGCCUCGCACCAGCAGCGGCUGGACCUUCCUGCACCUCGACCUUUCCCCUUCCCCUCAUCUCCCCUCGCCAUGUCGCUCCCCUCGAGCUACUCGGCCAUCCUGUCCGACCUGAACCGCGAGGUCUUGCGCGCACAACCGUCCGACCCGCUCCAGUUCUGCGCAAACUGGUUCGCGCAGCGCCUCGAGCAGGAGCGCAGCGCCACACGCGCCCAGGCGUCGGCCUCGUCGUCGACCACCAACCCGGGCCGGUCCAGCAUGGCGCGCUCGUCCGUCGACGACUCGAGCAUGCGCGAGGCGACGCCGCCCAUGUCGGCCAAGUCGAUGACGGGCGAGACGCCCGGCGCGCGCUCGUUGUCGCCGAGCGGCGGCAAGCCCGCGCCGACCAAGGGCGCCGGCGCCCGCCCGUCGAGCCUCGCCCACCAGGGCUACGCGUUCGGUGCCGCCCCCGGUGGCCCUCGCGACGACGCCCCGUCGCCGUUCUCCGAGUACCCGCCCGGCGGCGGGCCCGCGCGCGCCGGGUCCUCGGCCGACGCGCCCGCGCCCGGCGCGAGCCGGUUCAGCCAGAGCGGCGCGUCGCGGGUCGGUGCGCCGACGCAAGGGCGCGCUGUCGCGCCGACGAGCGACUCGGAGGAGGAGGUCGACGACCCUCGGGACGACCCGAGCUACCGCCCGGGCGUCACGGGCGGCGCGCCGUUCGGCGGUUUCGGCGGCGUCGGCGGCGGCGGCCCAGGUGGGCAGGCGCAGCAGGGUCCAGGCGCAGGCGGCCUCACGGUCCCGAGCGUCAACUACAACCUCGGCCGGCGCACGUCGGUCAGCGCCGAGUCGCUCGACCCGGACGCGGCGACCCAGGCGUUGCCCAAGACGAUCAUCCCCAAGACGCCGUCGCAGCGCCAGCGCAUUGAGAAGGCCAUCUCGAACAACCUCCUGUUCCGCAACCUCGACGUCGACCAGCACACGGACGUGCUCAACGCCAUGAAGGAGGUGACGGUCCAGGCCGGGACCGAGGUCAUCGUCCAGGGCGCCGUCGGCGACUUCUUCUACGUCGUCGAGGAGGGCACGUUCGAGGUGUGGGUCCGCGGCCCGCCGACGCACUCGUACGCCGGCCCGGGCCAGAGCAUGGUCUCGCAGCCGGGCGAGGAGAAGAAGGUCGCGACGUACGGGCCCGGCGGCUCGUUCGGCGAGCUCGCCCUCAUGUACAACGCGCCUCGUGCCGCCACGGUCGUCGCGACGUCGCGCGCCACCAUGUGGGCCCUCGACCGCGUCACGUUCCGCUCGAUCCUCGUCGAGCACACGUCGCGCAAGCGCAAGAUGUACGAGGCCUUCCUCGGCGAGGUGUCGAUCCUCCAGGAGCUCAACGCCAAGGAGCGCGCCAAGAUCGCCGACGCCCUCGAGGAGAAGGUGUACGACGAGGGCGAGCAGGUCGUCGUCGAGGGCGAGGUCGGCAAGAACUUCUACAUCAUCGAGAGCGGCCGCGCCGAGGUCACCAAGCGCAAGCGCAACGCCCAGGGCGGCAUCGACGAGGAGGUCCUCGGCGUCCUCGGCAAGGGCGACUACUUUGGCGAGCUCGCACUCAUCAACUCAGCUCCUCGUGCCGCCACGGUCCGCGCCAGGCCCGGCGAGGGCCGCCUCCGCGUCGCGACGCUCGGCGAGAAGGCCUUUACGCGCCUCCUCGGCCCCAUCAUCGACAUCCUCGCGCGCAAGGCCGAGCGCUCGUACGGUCCUGGGGCCGCCGUCAGUGCUCGCGGCAGCACGAGCGGUCCGCUCGUCGGCGGCGGCGCUGGUGGCGAUGCGCAGGAGGGCGGCGUCGGCGGACCGGGCGCGCCGGGCUCGAGGGGCAUCGCUGUCGGCGGCGAGGCGUGAGCCCCACUCGUCCGUCUCGCUCCCUUGUGCGCCGCCGGUUCUCUGCAUACCCCUCUCGUAGUCGCAAUGCCCCCGAGUCGUCCUUUCCCUCCACCGCCUCCUUCCUCCCCCUCGUUCUCGUCGUUUCUCGCUUGCCAAUUCUCAUCGUUUCGUGCACUUGCCCUGGGCA